AUGUUUGACAACGGCGGCGGCUUCGACUUGGUUCUCGCCACAAUCGUGCUCUUUCUGGCAAUGCCCAUGGUCUUCUACGGCGCUGGCAUUCCCAUGUACUCGGCGCUCGUCUCGUGCUUCUUCUACGCGUUUACCUUUGCGUGGAUGUUUGGUCGCGCCGUCUCGAGCGACAUCACGGUCGGCGGCGCUGUCGCCUUUACCGUCUUUGCCUCCGUCGCAUUGGUCUUGCCGUGUCUGGCGCCGUCCUCGCGCGGUUUCUUGAUUGUGGGUUUUCCCGCCUUUGCGCUGACGGCGGCCUUUAGCAGCGCAGCCUCCCCAUUUCUCGUGCUGCUUGCUGCCACCGCCGUCAGUGGCGCGCUUGGUGGUUGGGGCGGCCGCCACGAGCGUGCGCAACUUUUCUCGACGGCGCUCAGUGGCGCCCUAAUGAUCACACUCGCGAUCUCCGUCUACGUUAUCGGGAAAGACACGGGCUCUAGCAGCUACUCGACAACGUACCGCUACACCACAAGUGAUGGCUACACAUACACGACGACCACCAACAGCAAGAACGGAGGUUCAAGCUUGAGCCCGAACCUCGUCGUGGGCCUCUUUUUCAGCACGUUUCUCGUCGGUCUCCUCAUUCAGGCCCAGUGCACCAAGCCAUCGCCGGCGGCUGCGGCCAACAACAACAACGACGCCCCGUACCAGGCUGCGUGA